AUGGUUGUAUGUGUGAAAGCUGAAGCAGUUAAAGAUUUAUUAUCUGGUACAAAAUUGAUGAAGAAAAGUUUUGUUUACAACUGGCUUCAUCCUUGGUUGGGAACUGGACUUUUAACCAGUUGCGGCCCAAAGUGGAAAUCUCGUCGCAGGUUAUUGACACCCUCUUUCCAUUUUGACAUCUUGAAGGAUUUCUUGUCCGUCUUCAACGAGCAGUCGCAAAUAUUCGUGAAGCUUCUAGAAGAGGAGACAAAAAAACCAUGGACUGAUGUUAUCAUGCCCGUGACUUUAUGCACACUUGAUAUUAUAUGUGAAACUACACUGGGCGUUACCAUCGGAGCUCAACAAAAUAGUGAAUCCCAAUAUGUGAAGUGCGUUUUAAGGCAAGUUCUAUUCUUUUUAUAA